GCAGACGCGUGGCCGUUACCGCGCAGCCGUUAGCGGUGCUCCCUUACCAACUGUCCGCGACGCGGUAGUCCCCGCGGCCGCAGUCUCCCUGGGUCGCAGUCCGCGUGACCCGGCCCCAGUUUGCGCGCUCGCCCCCUUUGCCGGCGCAGUCACCGCGCGGGGCGGCCGCCCGUGAGGUAGCUACCACGGCUUGUGACAACGAAUAAAGCUCCGGACAGCGGCGCCCUCGGCGACAGCUGGGCGGGCGGCCCCGGCCGGGAGUGGCGGGCUGUGCGCUACCGUGAGGAGCGAGCGGCGGAGGCGACCUCCGGCCCGGCCCCGCACCAGCCGCCCGGAAGGCGCGACAUGAGCCUGGUCUGGCAUCCGCGGGAUGCUCCUUGAGCCCCUUCUCCGGCUGUUACCUCCGGGGGACGGUUGUGGCCACACCGACACGUAUUUUCCAAAUAAAUCAUUGUUUAUUCUUGCGGCGGCGGGGCCGAACACGCUAAUUUAUUUUUAAUUUUUUCAACAAGCCUUUACCAUCCAGUGAAAGAGCUUGGUAACCGUUCCAAGGGAGCAUCCGCUCGGUUAGGAAAUCUCGGACUGAGCUGCUCGUGGAAGCCGGCAUUUCCAACGUCCCUCCUCAAAUGCUCUGAAGAUUGUUGCGUCUUCCCGUAAUUACCAGUGUGCACAGAAUCCCACUCAAGGAACGUCUUGGUCCAGCGAUGCAAAGAACUGACGUUUCAAGCUGGAAGAGCCUGUAUUGUCCUCAUAAUAGUAUAGAAGAAUUCAAGUUAGGAGGGAGAGGUAGCAGCGAAUGAAGACUGUAAAAGAAAAGAAGAAGGAACGUCAAAGAUUGAGAAAAUCUGCCAAGACAAGGAGGGUAACCCAAAGGAAGCCAUCUUCAGGGCCUGUUUGCCGGCUAUGCCUUCGAGAACCUGGGGAUCCCGAAAAACUGGGGGAAUUUCUUCAGAAAGAUAAUCUCAGCGUGCAUUAUUUUUGUCUUAUCCUAUCUAGCAAGCUGCCUCAGAGGGGCCAGUCCAACAGAGGUUUCCAUGGAUUCCUGCCUGAAGACAUCAAAAAGGAGGCAGCCCGGGCUUCUAGGAAGAUCUGCUUUGUGUGCAAGAAAAAGGGAGCUGCCAUCAACUGCCAGAAGGAUCAGUGCAUCAGAAACUUCCAUCUUCCUUGUGGCCAAGAAAGGGGUUGCCUUUCACAAUUUUUUGGAGAGUACAAAUCAUUUUGUGGAAAACAUCGCCCAACACAGGACAUCCAAUGGGGGAAGGCAGGGGAGGAAAGCUGUGUCUUGUGUUGUGAAGACUUAUCCCAAGCAAGUGUCGAAAAUAUCCAGAGUCCAUGUUGUAGUCAAACUAUCUACCACCGCAAGUGCAUACAGAAGUAUGCCCACACAUCGGCAAAACAUUUCUUCAAAUGUCCACAGUGUAACAAUCGAGAAGAGUUUCCUCAAGAAAUGCUAAGAAUGGGAAUACAUAUUCCAGACAGAGAUGCCGCCUGGGAGCUCGAGCCAGGGGCUUUCUCAGAGUUGUAUGAGCGCUAUCAACAUUGCGAUGCCCCCAUCUGUCUGUAUGAAAAAGGCAGAGACAGCUUUGAGGAAGAAGGGAGGUGGCGCCUCAUUCUGUGCACUACCUGCGGAUCCCACGGAACCCACAGGGACUGCUCCUCUCUUAGAUCCAACAGUAAGAAGUGGGAGUGUGAGGAGUGUGCACCUUCCGCUGAAGCCGCAGGACCCUAUCCGGGAGACCACGUUGCAUUGAAUCAUCCUGUCUCCUUAGGUUCCUCUUGGCUGUAACAGUUUGUCAGAUUUUCCUUGUUUUUGAUGACCUUGACAGUUUUGAGGAGUACUGGUCAGGUAUCUUGAGAGCCCUCAGUUGGUAUUGUCUGAUGUUUUUCUCACAAUUAGGCUAGGGUUAUGGGCCUGGGGGAGGGAGACCACACAAGUAAAGUGCUGUUAUCACAUCAUAUCCAAGUUACCGACUGUCAGCAUGUCUUCCACCAUUGAUGGUGACCUUGAUCAUCUGGUGAGGUAUGUUUGUCAGGUUUCCCCAGCAUAAAGUUACUUCUUUUCCCCACUUUCCAGACUGUGCCUUUUGGAAGGAAGUCGCUCUGUGUAGCCCACAAUUAAUGAGUGGCGAUUUAUGUCCCCUCCCUCCUUGCGAACAGAAUAUCUACAUUAUUUGGAAUUCUUCUGCAUGGGAGAUUUACCCGUUCUCUCCCACUUAUUUAUUCGGCCAUUCGUUUAUGUCAGUCUAGACUUAGGGAUUUGCAUAGUGUAUUCUGGGUUAUAAUCCAAUACUGCUUGAUUUAUUUUGUUGUUCAAAUUAUUCCAGCUCUGGCCAUUGGGAGCUCCUGAGUCCUUUUCACAUACCCCCAUUAUUGUGUGUUUUGUUCUGUUUUGUUAUUUUGGUUU